AUGGGUCAUGGAGGGAACAACGUCAUUCCUAAUGUGCACUUUCGUGCCUCGGCGAAGCACAACGGGUUGAAGGCCAAAUGUGAGGAAUCUUUGAAGUCUGAAGCAGGGCAUUUGGGGGUUACCCAAAAAGGCCGCCUUGUGGGGCGACCAGUGGUGUCAUGGACUGAUACCCUGCAAAAUGUCAUGUUUGCGACUGUGGUCUAUUGGGCCUUUGGGAGCAAGGUGAAUGGAUGCCAGGCCGGCCGCAAGAACCGCGUCUUCAUGCGGACCUGGUUGAACCAGGCCGGCCGCAAGAAGCGCCGUGCGAACGCGCGCAAGGAGAAGGCGGCGAAGGUCUUCCCUCGGCCCUCCGCCGGGCUUUUGCGACCCUUGGUGCAUCCCCCCACCCAGCGCUACAACAUGAAGCUCCGCUUGGGCAAGGGCUUCACUUUGGAUGAGCUGAAGGAAGCCAAGAUCCCCCGGAAGUUCGCCAAGACCAUCGGCAUCGCCAUCGACCACCGCCGCAGGAACCGCUGCACCGAGAGCUUGCAGCGCAACGUGGAGCGCCUGAAGUUGUACAUGUCCAAGUUGGUGCUCUUCCCCAAAAAGUCGGGUGCCAAGGGUGUGAAGAAGGGCGACACUCCACGCUCGGAGCUGCAAAACGUGGCGCAGAACACGCUGAAGGAGAUCAUCCCAGUGCCUAAGACCGAGAAGCGCAUCAAAGCCCGUGCCAUCACCGCCGAGGAGAAGGAGUUCAAGGCCUACGCAACUCUCAAGAAGGCACGCACAGCGGCGCACUACCAGGGCGAUCGGAUCAAGAAGGCCAAGGAGGCCGCUGCCAAGGAGACCUAA